CGUGACCGCGCCCGGGGAGAGAACGCCUGACCCCAGCCCCCGGCUUUCACCGUUCGCCGGCUCUCCCCGCGGCUCCUCGGCCUCUCGUCCUUCAGCCGUCUGCGCGUCCCCACACCCCGUCCCGGGGUCCCCCCGGAGCCCUGUCCGCCAUGCGGCUCCUGCCUCUGGGCGCAGGUGGGCCCGGGCGGCACAGCCCCCGCCACCUGCGCUCCUGCAGCCCAGCGCUGCUGUUCCUGCUCCUGCUGCCGGGCUGCUGCCUGGGGGGCUCCCGGGCGGCGGCGGGCUCUCGGAGGCCCAACGUGGUGCUGCUGCUCACCGACGACCAGGACGAAGUGCUCGGCGGCAUGACACCACUAAAGAAAACCAAGGCUCUCAUCGGAGAGAUGGGGAUGACUUUCUCCAGCGCUUAUGUGCCAAGUGCUCUUUGCUGCCCAAGCCGUGCCAGUAUCCUGACAGGGAAGUACCCACAUAAUCAUCACGUUGUUAACAACACUUUAGAGGGAAACUGCAGUAGUAAGUCUUGGCAGAAGAUCCAAGAACCAAAUACUUUCCCAGCAAUUCUCAGAUCAAUGUGUGGCUAUCAGACCUUUUUUGCAGGAAAAUACUUAAAUGAGUAUGGAGCCCCAGCUGCUGGUGGGUUAGAGUACGUUCCUCCGGGAUGGAGCUACUGGUAUGCCUUGGAGAAGAAUUCUAAGUACUAUAAUUACACCCUCUCUAUCAAUGGCAAGGCACGGAAGCAUGGUGAGAACUACAGUGUGGACUACCUGACAGAUGUUUUGGCUAAUGUCUCCUUGGACUUCUUGGACUACAAGUCCAACUUUGAACCAUUCUUCAUGAUGAUCUCCACUCCAGCGCCUCACUCGCCUUGGAUAGCCGCACCCCAGUACCAGAAGACCUUUCAGAAUGUCUUUGCACCAAGGAACAAGAACUUCAACAUCCAUGGAACGAACAAGCACUGGUUAAUUAGGCAAGCCAAGACUCCAAUGACUAAUUCUUCGAUACAGUUUUUAGAUAAUGCGUUUAGGAAAAGGUGGCAAACUCUACUCUCAGUUGAUGACCUUGUGGAGAAACUGGUCAAGAGAUUGGAGUUCAUCGGGGAGCUCGACAACACUUACAUCUUUUAUACUUCUGACAAUGGAUACCACACAGGACAGUUUUCUUUGCCAAUAGACAAAAGGCAGCUGUAUGAGUUUGAUAUCAAAGUUCCACUGUUGGUUCGAGGGCCUGGGAUCAAACCGAAUCAGACAAGCAAGAUGCUCGUUGCCAACAUUGACUUGGGUCCUACUAUUUUGGACAUCGCUGGCUACAACCUGAAUAAGACCCAGAUGGAUGGGAUGUCUUUAUUGCCUAUUUUGACAGGUGUCAGUAAUGUGACUUGGCGAUCGGACGUCCUGGUGGAAUAUCAAGGAGAAGGUCGUAAUGUCACUGACCCAACAUGUCCUUCCCUGAGUCCUGGAGUAUCUCAAUGUUUCCCAGACUGUGUGUGUGAAGAUGCUUAUAACAACACGUAUGCCUGUGUGCGGACCAUGUCAGCACGGUGGAACUUACAGUACUGCGAGUUUGACGACCAGGAGGUGUUUGUAGAAGUCUAUAACUUGACUGCAGACCCGCACCAAAUCACUAACAUUGCUAAAAGUAUUGACCCGGAGCUUCUAGGAAAGAUGAACUAUCGGCUGAUGAUGCUGCAGUCCUGUUCUGGACCAGCCUGUCGCACUCCAGGGGUUUUUGACCCCGGAUACAGGUUUGACCCUCGUCUCAUGUUCAACAAUUACAGUGGCGGCAGGACUCGAAGGUUUUCAAAACACCUUCUGUAGCGACCUCUGCACACCUGUCUGAUGAAGUGAGUGUAGUAGGUGUCUGUAGCUAGUCUUCAAGACCACGCCUGGAAGAGUUUCGGGACUGGCUUGUAAGUCCUGUUUUGAAAAGCACCCCAAUCAGCCUACCUUCCUGUGCAAUGUGUUAAACUGUGAAUGCUCCCCGUCUGUCAGGAGCAGCCAUCCCAGUCCCUCCACUCAGCUGACACGACUGCUCCUGAGGUGUGUGUUCUCGUCAUACCCUUUCUGUUCUGGGGUCGCUCCCCAGGUGGUCAAAGUCUGAAUUUGUAAAUCCGUUCAGAAAAAUGUGUUUGGUAUACAGCAUGACCUAAAAACGAAAGGACCUGCAUAGCAUUUCAGAUUGAGCACUUGAAUCUCAAAAAGUACUAACAUCACAUGGCUUGAAGAAUAACUAUCCCAACUAAAUCAUCUAAUUAAGAACAAGUACCAUUGCUUUUAGAGUAGCAGAAAUAUGUUGUUUAUAGUAUCUACCCAUCACAAUGUGUUAGGUCGCAAAUUCAAAACAUGUCAACCAAGCUCUGUUCAUUUUCUUGGGUCUGGACUGGCACACACUGAGCUAGAACAGAAGCUUUUGGUAAAGGCUAAUUGCAGGUAGUUUUUGAAGGUGAGAGCCGUCUGUUUUCCAGGGGCUGCUCACCAUAUAGAGUCUCAGGUAACACCAGGGGUGGGGAAGGGUGUGUUUUGAGGGCCUUUUGUAGAGGGGCACUCGGGUUGACAGGCGGAAGGGCUCGAGUUGGGAUGCAGUAAGUGCCUGACCAGCAGGGAGUCUGGGUGUCAGUCCCAGGCUGAAGUUGUUUUGACUCUCUGCAUUUUGCUGACACUCUAUCUGUUCAUUUAUUAAGAUAUAAAAUUUUUUAUAGUUGAUUCACAGCUUAGUUUUUCCUGAGUUUGUGGAGUCUUGUGUAAUUUGGGCCCCAUUCACUAUUCUCAUUAAAACCAGAUCUUGUUGAGAUUUCCUCACUAUUUAGAACUUACAUAUUUUUGUUUCUUGACUCAAGCCCAUUUCCACCAUUUUCUUCACAAGAAGGUUAAUCAGUGGUGGGACAGCAAGGAAGGGGGAAAAGCUGUGGUUUGUAACCUGUUCCUCAGGCAGUAGUGAUUUAGCUUUAUUUAGGGUCGUAGGCUGAGCUUUAAGCACUUUGUAAGCCGUGGUCGUAAGCAGCUUUUCUAUCAGAAUCCCAGAUAGCCAUUGGGUUUAUUCCUUUACCUCACGCAGUCCAUUAACUGGUGGUAUUUAGAGGUGAAAUAGGCAAAUGAAAUGGACACCGCUGCUGUGAAAUUAUAAAAAUUUGUAACUAAAAGCAAACUACAAUGUGGAAUAUGGGUUUCGGCUUCAUUCUACAGUUUGAUUCUUAACAUUUCUCAGUCAACUUCCACAUUAAUGAAAGUUGGCCAUAACUAUUCCCGAAUAAAAAGAAACCAACUCUUACCAGGUCUUGUACUGUGAUGUCAUAUUAUUCAAUUAAUUCACUUUAUGAUGCAUAGAGUGACACACACAAGUCAGCUGCCGACAUACCCAUCACCACCAGCAGCUUCUGUUUGGGUGAUGGGGACAGUGAGGCCUCUCUGUUGUUGCAUUUCCAAGCUGACUGACUGUUGAGUGCCCUCUGAUUUGACUCUCCUGGUCAUUCUGGAUCUGGGCUGAAAUCACCUUUCCUUACGAGGCUUUAGCUUGUGUAGGCUAGCAGGCUACAAAAUGCACAGAACUUUUCACAAUGUCUCUGUACGAGGGACCCACUGCAGGAGGCUUGCUUUGUCUCUUAAUUGUACUGAUUUAUUAAAUUUUACUAUUUUCCCUUUUAAGAAGGCCAGUUCCCUAUCUGUUGGUGCCCUUCAGAGUAGAGAACUACCCAUUAGUAAUGAACAGAGGACAUAGGAAUGAACAGAUUUUGCCUUAUAAAAGUUCCUAUUACAAAGCUCUUCCUCAAAUACAAUCACCAAGUAGGAAACACCUUUUGAACAUCUUUGAAUCAAUGGUGCUGUUGCAAAAUGCAUUUUUUUGGUCAAUACAAUUGACAACACUAGGGUUUUUGUACAAAAUAGUAAUGACAGCCAUGGAAGUUAUACGUUAAUCUAUGAAAAAUGUUCUUAAACUUAUUUUUAAGUGUCUAAAUGAAGGACUAGUGCUUUUUUUAACGAAAGAAUUGUCCCAGGAUCCUCAAUAUGAGAAAGCAAAGAGUAUGUCACCUGAUCCACCAGUGCAAUUGGAUGGGAAUAUUUGGGUUCUUUAGUUUUACCACCACUAUGUCCCCCUGAAUUUUGUGAAUUCCUGUGUUUGCAUCAUCUGUUCUGGGAGUUACUCUGCCCUGGUUCUGUCAUUUCAGUCAUUUGACUUAGAAAGUGCCCUUCAAAGGACCCUGUUCACUGCUGCACUUUUCAAUGAAUUAAACUUUAUUUCUGUUCUAGUG